AUGGUCUCAUUUCUAUUCAUCUUCUGCAUAGGGAAACGUAGGGCAUGGGCUGUUCUGUGCUUUAGGCAGCUGCUCUCGCCCAUGUUCUACGUGGCCAGCGCAGUGGGUCCAGUUCAUCCGUGUGACAAUACAUUCAGUGGCGUUUCCAAUAGCACAGGAAUGAAGUCAAAAGCCACCGCGGCUCUCAGACGCGCUGCUGCCCUCUCAGAAGGGGAUGUUGAAGCAUGCUGUUUGGCACCUUUUGUUCGGCUCUCCUCCGUUGCUGUUGCAGGAGCCGUGUGCCGCCGCCCUGUCACCCCAGUCACCCUCUUUCGGUCACCUUCCUCCGCGGUGUGUCCACUGCCAUCGAUGCUGACGGCCAGCGAAAACACAGGCGCCGUGUUUACAACGAUCACCUCGCCUGCACCUGUGCUGCCCUAG